UUGCGUCAUUGUUAUUGUGUGCUGCUCGGACGGAGCUCCAGCUGUUCGGGGUGCUCGCUGGAGAUUUCGCCACCGUUUCGCCGAUUUGACACAUUUAAAACACUGAAAACGGAGGAGGAGGAAGAGGCCAUGUCGAUACCAAAUGACGCUUCGUCGGAGGACAAUUUGCAAGGUUCGUGGGUGGAGUUACACUUCAGCGGGGCAGCCUCCCAAAGCAACCGUCGCCACGGAAGCCAGGAGCUCGUGAUGCCCACGUCCACUCAGCAGCAGGAUGACGUGGAAAACAUGCUGCUGGACGCCCAGCACGAGUCGGGCAGGAACAGUUCGGGCGGAAGCUCGCCGUGCGACAGCCCACGCGGAGCAGUGACCCCGCUUGUGUGGAGAGGUUCAGGUGGAAGCAGCUUGCAGUCGGACGAGGACCUUCAGGAAAGAAGACAGGAAGUGGAGCUAAUGAUGAAGAAAAACGCAGACUGGAUCUGGGACUGGUCCAGUCGACCCGAGAACAACCCGCCAAAGGAGUUCCUGCUCAAGCACCCCAAGCGCUCCACCCCGCUCAGCAUCCGCCACAGCAGCGUGAUGAAGAAAGGCGGCGUUCUCUCGCCCGACGUCCUGCAGCUGGUCCUGCCGUCGUUAAUCAUCUCGCACAUACUCGCCAUCGGCCUCGGGAUAUACAUCGGGAAGCGCCUGACCUCUCACAGCACCUUCUGAGAAGUGUUGCACUCGGACCUUGAUGUGACUUCAGCAUGCCUUAAAACGAGAAGAUCAAAUGUGAAAAAUCAAGCGACUGUGGGCCAUGUGACUGAAACACCAACUUCGCCCCCUCCCGACCCACUGAGCCUUUGUCGGCCCCUCUCGCACUCGCCAGUGACCUUUUCUCGGUUUUCUUCUGUUUCCUCCAGCUCUUUUAAAAUCUACACGUUUUAGGAACUGAGCCGUCAUACGUCUUUGCAUUGAAUCACGUGAUCAAAGUUGGUAAAUUGUUUGUCAUAUGUAUUACUACUUUGUCAUUUGUAUCUAGGGGAUCAUUAGUGUGCUGUGAUAAUUGUAUUCAAAAAAUGUGAUGCACAUUUAUGGUCUAUGCAGUUCAAUAAAAGCUAGAAACGCA